AUGCCCAUGGAACGGGACCCUGCCGCCGAUGCGAAGCUGUUCGGUCUCGUCUUAAAGACGUUCAACAUCAAACUCACCAAAGACAUCAUUGACCAGAUGAACAAGGAAAUGGGCCCCGAUUGCAAGGGCCAAGCGAUUCCCCACCGCAUCGACUUCUACCGGAAGAAGGCUGCCGCAUUCAAUCCCACCGGCAGCACCGCGUCUGGUCCGAGCGAGGCGAUUAAGAAGACUAAGAAGCGGGCCAAGGCUAGCGAGAGCUGCGAGGAGGACGACGACGAGGAAGUAAAGCCGAAGAAGCGAGCUCGUAUAGACUAUGCUGCUGAUUCCUGGUGUAGAAUCCGUGGAGUAUACUAUACGCUGCUGAUCGUAUACCGUUGCAUAACCACUGGAUAG